AUGCGCUCUGGCUGCCGCCGCUGCUGCCGCCUUCAGUGCAUCCUGCUGCUGGCAGCGCUAACCCGGGCGCUGGAUGAGACGGGAGGGGGGAGAUCGCUGCUGCGGUUCCGCCCGCUCCUUCAUGCGGGCUUCUGCUCCGGCGGGGGUAGCACCGCCGCCGCCGCCGCCGCCGCCGAGGAGGAGCCGGCCUGCCUUCCCCCCCGCCACCCGCCGGGCUGGGGCGCUCCCCGCGCUCGCCCGCCCGGGGGGCCCGCAUGGCGUGCUACCUGGUCAUCAGCUCCCGGCACCUCAGCAACGGGCACUACCGCGGCAUCAAAGGCGUCUUCAGGGGACCGCUCUGCAAGAAGGGCGCCCGCUCGCCGGUAACUGCCACCUCCUCGCUCCCUCCCUCACUUGCCCCCCGCACGGACUAUGCUGAGAAGGAGAAAGCUGCAGCCAAGGCUCUGGAGGAUGUGAAGGCUAACUUCUACUGUGAACUAUGUGACAAGCAGUACCACAAACACCAGGAAUUUGACAACCACAUCAAUUCUUAUGACCAUGCUCACAAGCAGAGAUUGAAAGAUUUAAAACAAAGGGAAUUUGCUCGAAAUGUGGCUUCAAAGUCAUGGAAAGAUGAGAAGAAACAGGAAAAAGCACUCAAGCGGCUCCACCAGCUCGCAGAGUUACGGAAGCAGUCAGAAUGCAUCACUGGGAGUGGACCAUUGCUUAAAGCCCCCAGAUUAGUCAUGGAAAAGCAGCAAUCGCCAGAUGGCAUUUUCCUGUACAAGGGCGGCAGUUUCACAGCCAGUUCUCAAAGAACUGCCAUGCAAGGACAAGGUUUCUCCAGCAGCGUACUAGAGAAACAGCAGCUUAUCAUAAACAGGCACCAGUCCCCUACUGAAAGACCCCAUGCACUUGGAAAUCAAGUCUCACAAGUGUUCCCAGAUAGCACUAAUGCUUCUCAAAGGGUGGGAGUGUCUUUCUCGUUCUCUAAAAAAUUCCCUUUGAAACUUGAGUCCUCCGCAUCAGUCUUCAGUGAGAACUCCGAAGAAGGAAACGAUUGUAGUGAAUCCCCCAACCAUAAAACAAAGCAAGCUCUUGAGGACUAUUGUUCUGGCACACUUUUGGAGGAGGAUGUAAAAGGAAGCUUGGAUAAAGGGCCACCUAUUACACAAGACCAAAUGGGUUUGGAUAACAGUGCAUCAAGUCACAUAGCUGCAAAACCUAAAAUGCUAAAGGAAAAUUGUAAAAGCAGUGGUAGAGAACUAGAAGAAAAGGUCAGUGCUCAUCCUUCAUUUUACAAAGUCAAAAUGCAGCUUUCAAAUUUGGAUUUUUCUGGUUCACUCAGAGAGACAGAGCAAGAGUGCAAAUUGAAUGAGUCUGAGCAAUUGUUGGAAACUCUCAUUUCACCUUCUUACCGAGCUAGCAAUUUUUGUACACAGCUGAACACCUACAAGCACAGCAAUGCCCACCUGCCUGACCAGUUACCUGAGCUCCCACAACAGCCAGAACCUCAGCUGGCAUGCGCAAGCAACAUUAAUGACAGUCCUGGGGUGGUAAAAAGAGAAAGAUCUUUGGAGAGUUCAGAAACCACAAAUGGGAAUACAGAAAUGCUUCCAAGGGAGAUCAUGGUUGAAGAGGUUAAACCCCAGUCAUUGCCCUUCCUCCAUGUAGUGAGCAAAGAUGGCACCACUGCUCUUCAGUGGCCCACAGAAUUACUUUUGUUUACAAAAACUGAGCCCUGUAUUUCAUAUGGCUGUAAUCCACUGUAUUUUGACUUCAGACUCUCUUUAAAUCACAGAGAUGGUAAACAGCAUGAAACAAACAAAGAAAGCUGUAAAGAGCACUCUAUAAAUAAGACUGCAGAUGAAAAUGAAGUCUCAGGUUUAAUAAAACACAAGCAAAUGUCCAAUGAACAAGAUAAUCAGUUGUUGAAACCAAAGAAGAUGAAAGGUUCCCUAAAUCCAAGAAAGGCCAAGCAAAAAGCUGAGUCAGACAUAGGGAAAGAAAUGAAUGAAAAAGGUCAAAAAUACUUUGCAGAUUAUUUGAAUGAAAAUAUACCCAAAGUGCCUGCUUACCUUGAUGUCUCACAAAAGGAUUAUGUGACAGAAAAAAGUCUUCAUACAACAACACUGAGAAGAUCUUUAAAGCAUCAUUUUCAUAGCUGUGAAAGAAAAAAAGAGAACAUUAGAAAUGAAAGCAUUUCCUUUUCUGCUUUUAUGUCUAGGAUUAAAAAGUCUAAAGCUGCAAAAUACCAUUUAAUUUAUUCUGAGGAAAAAUGUGAAAACCAAAAUGACCGCACAUCCAUUCAAGAUGUGCCCAGCUGCAGCAGUGACAUAAGUGACAGUGGAAAAGACUCUAGUGGAAGUUUCCUUAGCUAUAAAUCCAGUUCAAACAGCAGGUAUUCAGAAAAUGAAGGUUGUGGAAGUUACACAAGAUGCUGGAGAUUCCCCUCUCCUCAAAAGUCCUCCUCUGACAGACAUUCCAGUUAUUCUGACACUUCAGUUAGCAGUACUGGUAGCUACAUGAGCUACAUGAAUCCCACAUCGAACAAUCACAGCAGAAAUCAUUUGCUUUUUUGUUGUAAAAGAAAAAGCAAGACAGCUGAAAGGCACAAAUGUAAACACAGAAAGCACAAGUGUAUUUUCACUUCUGAUGAUACAGACGAGGAUUAUCUUUGUUGUAGUAGAAGUCACAGAAUCAGAAACUGUACACAGAGGGGCACAAUUAGAUAUCGAAGAUGUUCAAGACAUAAAGUUUUACAGCACAGAGACAGAUCUAAACACAGCAGACGUAGACACCAGCAUUUUGGCAAAGUGCACAGUAGAAGUAGAAGCUACCAUAGCUCCAAAAGUUGUUCCACCAGAGAUUCAAGAAACAGCGGAAGAUCCUCUAGUAGCAGAAUAUCAAGAGGUAGCAGUUCAGGAUCCUUCUCAAAAGAGAUUGACAACUGUGACAACAAAACAAAAGAGGACACAGAAAGAGGUUCUAACACCAAACUGGGAAAAGCUGAAACUGCACAUUAUGACUCUUUGAAUGUGAAUGGUCAGUCAAAAAACCUUGCCAACCGCUCUUCUGAAACCCUGGCAAAAGACACAUGUGGAAAAAUAAAGUCACUGACAGCCAAGUUACUUUUAGAAAGAAUGCAGUCCAAGAAAAUCCAGGAACAAAUGCACGAUUCAGAGAAAUUUUCAAACACGUGUGGGGUAGAACUGCAGGAUCACUUGCAAAGUCACUUUGCUCUUCAGUUUUCACCAUCGGUAGAUGACAUUGCAAUGUUACCUUUGCCAGAGAAACUGCUAAGCAUAGGUAAAAAUGACACAGGGCAUAAUGAAAUCAGUUCGUUGGAAACCAGUGUGAAGAAAAACAACUUUGGAGCAUCAGAGAUAACUAAUGUUGCUCUUUCAACAGGCACUGAUUAUGAUCAUUGUCUUUUUAAAGACAUCGUUCAAAUAGGAACAGGCUAUCAGAGCCCGAGCACAAAAAGGAACACAGCAAUAAAGGAACAAUCCAAUCUCUUCAUUAGUGAAGUGCAACCCUUUAUACAAAGCUGUGACCCAGUACCAAAUGAUUUCCCUGGUGCUUUUCCCUCUCAAAGAUAUUCUGCUGUUGCUAAUUCAACAGACACCAAAGAAGAACUACAUGAUAUAGACAUGGACUCAAACCAAGCAGAAGGCAGUUCAGACUCUCUUUGUGACAAUGCUAUGCAGAAGUAUGGUGACACAGUAAAUGACCCAGAAGUGUACAGUAAAUCCACCUCCCCUCCUUUAACGCAGCAGCCAAUCACGUUUUCACCAGAGGAAGCAGACAAAUACAGGUUGCUGCAGCUGCAAGCCCAGCAGCAUAUGCAGAAACAACUUCUGGCAAAACACCUAAAAAUUUUGCCUGCCCCAGGACCAGCUGCCUUGUCUGCAACACCAGCAGUUCCGGCCCUCCCUGUUCAACAGCAUGCUACUGUCACCACCAUCCACCACACUCUGCUGCAACGCUUUGCUAUCUCGGCAUCUGUACAUCCCCACGGCAGCCAUCUCUCCCUGGCACACCUCCACCCCCUCUCUCAGGCACCUUUCGCCCCCAUAUCACUUUCCCCAUUAGCACCAGCCCUCAUUCCCACCCACCCUGCUCUGCUGACAGGACACCCAUUGCACUUGGUCUCCACCACCCCCCUCCAACCUUCCCUGCUGACCUUCCCCGCACUGCCACACACUGCAUAUAUCCCAGCCUUAUUUACACCACACCUGAAUGCAGCCACACCUUCUGCUAUAAAUCCAAAUCCCUUGGUUCAUCCAUUAUUCCAAGGGCGAGAGCCCCAUCACCAUUCUUGCUCUAGCCAGACCCAACAGCUACCGACAAUAAAAGAUGUUUUCAGUGUUUCUAGCUAUUUAAACUAG